AUGCACCGUUCCCUCGUUCUCGCGGUAACGCUUGCCGUGCUGUUCUGUGCGGCUGCCCAGGCCUACGUCUGUGAUGCCCCUGAUUACUGGAGCAGCCAGUUCAAGGUGAAGAACGGUCAGAUCUCCGACACCGCAAACAAGAAUUUUGCUUCCAUCGCUUGGACCAAGAUUUCGAAGACGCUGAAGUACGCAAAUGACGAGAACGAACUCAUGGCAGGCACCUGCACCGUCACCAAGCUGACGCCCUUCCAGGCCUGCUACAAGAGCUGGGCCGCCGUCGAUGGCAAGCAGCUCAAGGGCCAGUAUGGCUUUGCCGCCAAAGCCGCCCUCAACUGGUGGGUCCUGCAACCGGCAAAAUGGUGUCGACGCAUCAGAAAGCGUGUACAGGCGUGUAGGCAGCGUGGGCCCAUGGCGUUUGCCGCCUCCGUGGGCGAGGCGAUCCUGCUGCAGUUCCAGGCCUAUGCGGAGCAGGCCGUGGACAAGGGCGCCGAUGCGGGCGACCCGGCGUAUGCCAAGCUGUUGGAGGGCCUGCAGGCGGCGGCGGCGACGGCGGGCCCAUCUGUGAUGGGCCAGCUGCUGAGCUGGCGCAGCGCCAUGCUGACGGAGCUGGGCCAGCGCAACGACGCCGUCAGCCAGCGCAAGCGGCUCACGAUCGAGGCGCUGUUCCUGGAAGCCACGGGGCAGCUGGCGGGGGCGGCGCCCAGCGUGCUCAGCGCGCAGCAGGGCGCCGACCUGGAGGCCGUGGCCUUUGACUGGCUUCUGGGUGCUGACACAUACCUGUCCUACCCGGACCCGUACCAUCACAAGGACAGGGUGGUGCUGGCGGCGGCGGAGAUGCUGGGCGCGCUGAGCACGCUGCGCCUGGGCCCCAUCUCCAAGCGCUGGGAGGCGGAGCUGAACAAGCUCAUACGCGCAGACGCCAACUCCCCCGCCCGCCAGCAGCUGUACGACCUCUGCCACGGCAUGCGAUUCGUGAGGAUCGGCGCCGCCAGCUCAGCGCAGCUGGAGGCCAGCGUGGAAUUCCUGCGGCUGGCCCACCCGCUCACACACGUGGCUCCAGACAAGAAGUCGCGGGUGCAGCAGGCCAUCUGCGACAUGCUGGCGGGGGUGCUGCAGCCGCUGGCAGACGGCGGGCGGGCGGGGGAGUUUGGGGCGGGGUGCGACGCCGCGCUGCGCCAGAAGUUUGCGCAGCAGGUGACGGUGCUCCGCACAGACCUACAGAAGUGGGCGUCCAAGCAGAGCAAGCAGGUCGCCUCGGGGUUCCCUGUGGUGGCGGUACUGCUGUGCCUGGAGGGGCACGAGCAGCUGGUCACCUCUAUCGACGGCUUCAUCGAUGCACUGCACAAGCUGCUGCGCGACAGGCGCAACGCGUCCAUGGCGCUGCUCUGCCUGGCGCGCGUGGUGGCCUGCUUCCUGCGCCGCAUGGCCGCUCGCAGUGACCCCGGGCGCAUGGCCAAAUGGCUCUCCCGCGGCGUGUCUCCCGUCAUCCAGGCCGCGGUGCGGGGCGCGCUGCCCGCGGGGGAGCAGCAGGAACUGGUGCGGCAGCUGUGCGCGGGCGUGGCGCAGCACCUGCCAGAGUAUGCUGUGGGCGGCAUGGUGCUGGAGCUGCUGCAAUGUGUGGACCUGCAAGCAGGCACCAACUGGGAGGCGCCCAUGGCUGGGCUGAUGGCCCUCCUCACCAUCCUCACCUCGGUCCCCUCCAAGCUGGAGGGCGAGCAGCUGCAGCUGGAGCUGCCUGCCACGGCGGCGGGGCUGGAGCGCGCGGCGGCGGGGGUGUGGGUGCCGCCUGGCGACGCCAUCCGCCAGCUGCUGGACUUGGCGUACGGCGUGGGCGGCCUCGUGCCCAAGCUGGCGCUAGCGCUGGGCCGCCUCGUGACCGCCUGCCACCAGCUCUACGGCUUCAGCCGGGUGACGAGCAUGAUGAAGACGAGCGACGCGGCGGCGCGGGAGCGGCUGGGCGCGCUGCCCGUCUUUGUCAUGGCCCUGCAGUGCGUGCCCUUUGUCAUGCCGGAGCACUGGGCCUCUGGCGCGGUCUGCGAGGACCUCCCCGGCUACACCAUCCACGCCGAGCCUUCCAUGCGCCAGGUCUCCACCACCGUGCUGCGCCGCGUGGUGCGCGCGCUGCCCGGCCUGCGGGACAAGCUAGUGGGUGCCUUUGCCGCCUUUGUGGUGCGCAUCCAGGAGGACUACCCAGAAGUCAUCAAGGACUCGCUGCUGCUGCUGCUCAGCCUGCUGCGGGAGUGGAUGGGGCUGGCGGUGUCGGAGUGGCCGGCGCCGGCGCCAGGCGGGGCGCCGGCUCCUCUCGCGGCCUUUGACAGCCUGGCGCGGGUGGAGGGGUCGGCGCUGGUGCUGCUGUGCUCCACAGAUGUGGAGGUUCGGCGGCUCGGCGUGGAGCUCAUGCGUACCGCCCGGGACCUGCACCGCACUCUGGCCAGCCCCCCCCAGCCCAGCAGCAAGCGCGCCACCAUGCACCACUCGGGGGCAGGAGAGGGGCCCGCCUCGCGCCGCGCAAGCCUGCAGUCUGGGGGCGGCGAGGCGUGGGGCCGGCGGGGCACCUCGGCCCACGGCUCCGCGUCGCAGCUGCUGGCGGGCAGCCUGCCCACCACGCCCGGCGGCAGCCCCAAGCUGGUGUAUGCCGCUGACAUAAUUGACAGGAGCGGCGCCGCCAUUGUGGCCCGCUGCUUCUGGGACUUUGGGCGCUGGUCCGACCUGUGGCGCGCAUGGCGCCCGCUGCCCGACGCUGGCGCGACCUUCGAGGCCUGCAUGCAGCGCACGCGGACCCAGGAGGCACGCACUGCUUUGCUUCCCGCCUGGCCUGCCUGCCUGCCUGCCCGCCCGCCCGCGCGUGACGCCACCCGCUGGGCCCGCACGCUGUGUGAGGUCAUGCGCCAGGUGUGGCAGCGGGCCGACAAGUCGGCCUGGGUGGCGCACCUGGAGCUGAUCGCCAAGCUUCAGGGCCUACUGUCUCUGGACUCUAAUGGCCGCCAGGUGCUGCCCCCCGACGCCAAGACAGACCUCAGCCGCGCCUACUGCCUGGCGCUGGCGGCAGCCCCGCUGCUGGACGCCUCCCGCCUGGGCGAGCGCAGCCUGACCAGCCGAGAGCUGGUGCGCCAGCUGGUGGCCAGCGUGCGCAACGGCGGCGAGGUGCAGCAGGCGACGGCGGUGCUGGCGCUGGGGUGCGUGCACCCGGCCUGCCACGCCCUGGUGCUGCUGGAGGCUUCGGUGCUGGCCGAAGAUUACUUGGACAGGCAGAUGCAGCGGAGCAUCAGCAUGCCCUCGGUGCCCGGCAUGGGCCGCAAGGCGGCGAAGAAGGAUGAUGUGCGGCUGGCGCACGCCCACCUCACCCGCAUGCUGGCAGACAACCUGCCGCCGGGCAGCCUGGCGGACAACGUGGUGGUACGGGACAAGCUGAUCGAGUUUGUGCGAGACACUGCCCGCCACAUCACCACCACCGCCGACGUCUCCCCCGAGCUGCAGCAGCUGCGCUACUGCCUGUGCUCCGUGGCGCGCCAGUGCGGCGGGCAGCUGGGGCAGGCGCUGCCGCAGGCCUUCCCGGUGCAGACCCGGCGAGCGCUGUACGACAUGUUUGGGCUGUACUGCGAGGAGGCGCAGCAGCCGGGGCAGUUCAGGAACGACCUCCGCCGCAUCAUUGCGCAGGCCAAGCAGCGCAUAAAGGAUGUGGAUGCCAGCCGUGUCAUGGAGACAGACAUAGUGGACAGCUCGGAGGUGCUGGAGCAUGCUGCCUACCUGGGGAUGGCGGCCAUGCUGGGUCGCGUGUUUGCUUGGAUCGACCGCAUGCUCAGCGCGCAGCCCGCCACCGCCCGCCUGGCCGACUGGGGGCCGCCCAAGGAGGCCGUGGCGCGCAGCGCUCUCACCAACCUGCUGCAGAGCAACAGCGAGCUGUCCUCUGUGUUUGUGGACCGCUCCUACUCGCCCAACCAGCAGGUGGCGGCGGGAUACUUCCAGGUCCUGCGCGAGGUGUAUGCGGCGCGGCCGCUGCCGCUGCCGGAGUACAUUGGUGUAUCGCUUGUACUGCAUAAGGUGGUGGACCGGCGGCGGGAGGUGCGGGAUGCGGCGCGGGGCCUGCUGGGCCUGCUGGCCAGGCGGGCGUGGGGGCGAGACCCGCGGUACAGCGAGCAGCACGAGGCCGCCUCGGGGCCGCUCACCGCGCAGCAGCAGGCGCCGGCGGGCGCGGACAGCACUGAGGUGGUGGGCUCCCUGGCCAACUCCUAUGCCUCCUACCAGCUGCGCCUGUCUGCCAGGCUGGCAAAGGAGCAUCACGGCCUGAGCGACGCGGUGGCGAACGAGGUGCUGGGGCGGCAGCUAGUCAACACAAGCGGUCCGGAUGCCCUGCUCAGCCUCUGCCCCUGGCUGGAAUUCGUGACCAUCCCCACGCAGGCACGCCCCCGGCCAAGCUCCCUGCCACCGUAUACACCACCCCAGCCCAGACGUGGCUGCCGUAGGGGAUGUAUGAAGCUGCAUCGCCCCUGUCUGGUACUGCAGUGGGAGGGUCACUGGUCCCAGACACUGCUGGACUCGCUGUACCGCAUCACCGCCAAGCAGAGCGACCGGCAGGCGCACGAGCGCCUGUGGGCCACCCUGGCCGCCAACCGCCUCAGCAUCGUGCCUGCCCUCAACUUUCUGAUCGACAGAGGGCUGAAGGAGGAUGCCGUCAGGGAGGACGGCGCCGCGCCCGCGGCCACCGGCAAGGAGAUAGUGGUGUACCUGUCCCGCGUGGCGGCGCGCCAGGUGGUGGGGCACCUGGUGCACGAGGCGCUGCAGCAGAUCGAGCAGCCCGACGCUCCCGCCGACGAGCCCGCCUCCUCGCCCUUUGCCUCCCGCACCCCGGACGGCACCCCAAAGCACGUCUCUCUCCCCAAACAACCUGCGGUACAGAUCCUGGAGUACCACCACAAGCGCACCAAGUCUUCCCUGCUCCACCCGCAGCUCCCAGCCCUGCACCGCAUCUCAGCCGGCAGCAUCCUGCCGAGGGACGACGGCGGCGAGGGCGGCCCCGGCUCCGCCUCGGGAUCCCGGCCGGGCACCCCGGGAGGGUCCACCCGCGGCGGUGGCAGUACCGGCGGUCCCGGCAGCUUCAACAAGCGGGUCUCCAUGUUCGAGCAGCUGCUCAGGGCGCAGUCGCUUUGGUCCGACGGCGGCUCCGGCGCGGGCGACGGCGGCGGCGGCUUGGCCAGCGCCGGCAGCGGCACGCUGCCGGCGGCGGCGGCGGGCGACGCCUCGGCGCCGCGCCUGCCCGGGAUGAUGAGCAAGGCCGGCUCCAUGUCGGACGCCCGCAGCAGCUUUGACAGCCGGCAGAACAGCCUGAGCCGAGGCGGCGGCGGCGGCGGCGACGGCGGCGGCCGCAGGCUGCCGCUCACCCGUCCCGAGAUGGCCCUCAGCCUGCUCAUAGAGGUGGCCUACGAGCAGGACGAGGAGUUCCGGCAGCACCUGCCGCAGGCACGCCGCUUCCCUCCCCGCACGCCCGCGCCAGCGACGCCCGCGCUCCCGUGCCGCGCGGCCGGCCGCGGCUUGCCGCGUCUGCUGCACCUGUGCCUCAUCAACGCCGACAGCUGCAGCCCGCUGAGCGCCGGCUCCCCUUCCCUUGAGUGCCAGGGCGUGGCGGAGGUGGUGUCCAAGCUGCAGGCGCGCCUGGGGCAGCAGCUGUGGCCACGGGAGCAGCCCUCUCUGGCGCAUCCCAUGGUGCCCAGCGCGGCGGCGGUGGCGGUGUUUGUGCAGACAGUCGCCGAGUGCUUUGUGUACGACCGCGAGCUGCGGGACCAGUGGUGCGGCGAGGCGCUGCGCUGGACGUGCGGCGCGCGCUCCCGCCACGCAGCCUCCCGCUCGCACCAGGCCUUCUGCGCGCUGCGCCCCGUGCUGGGCGCCCAGUCGGCGUCCGCCAUGCUGGCGGCGCUGCACAAGUGCUUGGCCCCUGGCCGCGCCUCGGGGUCCGACACGGGAUCCCUGGAUACCGCGGUGGAAGUGCUGUGCUCGCUGCGCGCCCUGCUGGCGGGCCUGCUGGCCGAGCCGGCCAAGGCGCUGCUCUACCCGCAGCUCCUGCUGGCCUGCGUGGCGCUGCUGCAGAGCAGCGUGGUGCGGGUGGUGGAGCUGGCGAUGCACCUGCUGCUGCAGCUGCUGGCGGUUGUGGAUCUGAAUGACCCGAUAGUCCAGAGCACGGUGCUGGCCAUGCUGCCGCUGCCAGAGGACGGCGAGGAAGGCGGCGGCGGCGGCAGUGGAGGUGGCGGCGGCGGCGCGGCGGCGGCGGUGCCGCUGGAAGGUGCCAUCUGGCCUGUGGGGCAGGGCCUGCUGGGGGGCUCGGCGGAGCCGGAAGUUGAGGAGGCACUGGGCCCCUGGCUGGCCCUGCAGCAGCUUGUUGUGAAGGCGCUGUUCCAGCCAGAGACGCAGCUGCUGGCGCUGGAGGUGCUGGGGGCGGUGGCAGAGCAGGUGGCUCGCAGCGACGCCGCCGUGCAGCGCGCCAACAACGCCGCCGCCGCCGCCACCGCUGCGAGCGAGGGCGACGGCGGCCCCGACGGCGGCGCGGGCGGCGCAGGUGGUGCGGACCUGUUCAGCUGCCUCAGCCUGGCAGACGGACUGCUGCUGGCUGCUGCGGACGGCAGCGGCGCCGCCGCUCCUAUCGAAGCGGUUCUCGGGGACCUAAGGGCGGGGCAGGCAAUCGCGCUGGGCGCGGCGCUGCCCUGGCUGUGCGUGCACCUGCGGGAGGUGGGGCCCGAGAGCGUGGUGGAGGGGUUCCUGGAGGCCAGCGCCGGCGCCUGCGCCGCGCUGGGCUGGAGCCAGCUGGCGACCGCGCUGGGCGCGCUGGCGGGCAUGGCGGGCGCGGCGGAGGAGCCGGAGCAGUGGCUGCCGCCGCUGUGCACGGCGCUCUGCACCGCCCUCUUCCCCGCCUACGCCCGCCUCGUGCUGCAGCGGCUGGCCGAGGUGGCGCAGCGCGGCGGCGAGCGCUACCAGCAGGCCGCCGUCGCCUGCCUGACAGCCAUCUUCCAGGUGCCUGGUCUGGACCUGGGCCCCUCGGGCUGGCCCGCCCACGACACCGCCUUCAUCCAGCAGCUGUCGGCGCACCUGGGGGGGGCGCUGGGCUCCGCGGUGCUGCUGGCCCUCAAAGCCAUGCUGCGCUUCCAGGGUGAGGGCGCAGCAGCAGCAGCCGCAGCAGCUCCUCCCGAGCGGCGGCAAGAGGGGGAGGACGGCGGCGGCGCGGCGGCGGAGGAAGCUGGGGAGCAGCUGGCGCCGCUGGAGUGGGCCCACUGCAUGGACGACCUGGGCGGCAGCAACCGGCUGUGCUCCGAGGCGCUGGAGCGAGUGAUCUGGGCCUGCCCCGGCUCCGCCCAGCUGCUGUGGGGCAACGCGGGGGGUGGCGGGCCGGGCGGCGGCGGCGGGCACGGCGCCAGCCACAUGAGCCGCGACUCCUUCCUGCCCUUCCUGCCCUGACUGGGUGGGUGGGUGGCUGUAGUUGGCGCAACAGGAGGCUGCCCCGCUUCGCCCGUCCCGUCGACUGCUCCAGUUUGGUUAUGUUUGCACUGCACUCAUUCAUGUUGGCAGCCGGCAGCAUGUGCCGGCUGUGUUGCUUGGGCAGGCGUGUGCCCUGGCGUGCUGUCAAGAACUGGCACAC